AUGGAUGAUAAUGAUUCGCCUCCCGUUGUUCAAGGAGCCGCUUCUUUGAUUCCCGUCGACCUCUUUGUUUCGAAGAAGCAUCCUGGAGUUCCACCGGGCGAUCUGGGUUUUGCCGAUUCUUCUGGUGAAAUACUUUUCCGGGUCGCUCUUGUUCCUACUUCCAGUGCCUGGAAGACAUCGGCACCCCGCAAGAAGCUUCUGCUCGAUUCUUCUGGUAGUCCCUUGAUUUCCUUGCAACGCCUGGAUAAGAGGUCAUGGAAAGGAUUUGAAGGAGGUCAAGAUGCUGAAGAAAAGAUGAUAUUCAGAGUUCAAAGGACCGUGAAUACGCUUUGCAGAACCGAGUUUGAGGUGUUCCUUACUGGACAAAAUUCGGGAGAUCAAUCUAAACCAGACUUUAAGGUGAAAGGAUGUUGCUUUCAGAGAUCAUGCACCAUCUACAGUGGCGAUUCGAUUGUAGCCCAGACUAGUCUGAUGUACAAGCUUCACCAGAUACACGCCAGAAGGAACAAGUUUCGGCUGACCGUAUUUCCUGGGUCGAUAGAUCACGCACUGGUGGUGGCUCUGGUGGUGAGGGUCAUAAUCCCAAACAAGCAAGGAGAGAAGCUGGUGGGAGUGUUGCACGAUUCUGGAUCCAAGGAAAUCGUGGUCCUCUGCCAUGGUUUCCAAUGUUCAAAGGAUCAUAGAGCCAUGGUAAAUCUUGCUACAACAUUGGAAAAGGAAGGAAUCUCAGCCUUCCGUUUUGACUUUUCUGGUAAUGGUGAAAGUGAAGGCUCAUUUGCUUUUGGUAACUACAAGAAGGAAGUUGAUGACUUGCGCUCUGUAUUCGAACACUUUGCUGCUGAAAAUCGAGUCGUCGCUGUGAUGCUUGGCCAUAGCAGAGGAGGUGGUGUGGUGCUUCUCUAUGCAUCAAAGUUCCACAACGUAAGAGCAGUCGUAAAUGCCUCAGGCCGGUAUGACCUGAAAUCGGGCAUUAAGGAGCGUCUUGGGGAAGACUUUCUCGAAAGAAUCAAGCGAGAAGGAUUCAUCGAUGUGAAGAAUCGAGCAGGAGAAGUCAAGUUUCGCGUCACUGAAGCAGAUUUGAUGGAUCGAAUGAACAUUGAUAUGCAUAAAGCGUGCCAGCAGAUUGACAAAGAUUGCAGAGUGCUGACCAUCCAUGGAUCUGCAGACGAGGUUAUCCCGGUUGGAGAUGCGUACGAGUUUGCGAAGAUCAUACCAAACCACAAGUUGCACAUCGUGGAAGGGGCUGAUCAUGGAUACAAGUUGCAUCAAGCUGAGCUAGCAUCUGCUGUUUUGCAGUUCGUCAAGUCAAUACUCACUCAGGACAACGGUGCCAGCACGGCAGCACCUAGCUAA